AUGGACGCCUUCACUGCUGUUUUCACCACCCUUACCUCUUCUGUCGCCGCCAACGUCGAGGCCCCCCGCAACGAGGAGGCUUACGGUAGCGGCGGAGCUAGUAUGGCUUCCGAUUCUCGAUAUGGCGACUAG